AUGAAUUUUAAGAACCGCCCCUCUUGGAGGGGCGGGUGGGCUUGCACGCCAGCCAAGAACCGACAUAGCUCGGAACCUUACCGAUACGAUAUCGGUAAGGUUCCUGUCUCUGAACCUUACCAAUAUCGUAUUGGUAAGGUUCUUGGCUGGGCUUACGUGAUCAAAACAUCCCUGGAUGUUUUGAUCACCCACGAACCACCUCGACCGACUGAAAACAACCCGUUCGACCUAUUAAUUAACAUCCACCCCUUCAAAACCACCUCAACCGACGCCGAUCGAAGCACGCAGCUUCAACCGAAGGCCCCCAAAACGCCCAAGCGUGCCGCUCGCACCCGAUCCGCAUACCAGGCCCCUAAGGAACCCAGCAGGUAA